ACGGUUUAGUUGACGGGUGGGUCGCAAGACAGCAGCACCCAAUUUGUCGUCACGUGAGGUCACAAUGGUCCCUGUUGGUUUCGUCGUCGACGAGCAGCGUCGUUCGGCCAAAAACAUCUGAAUAUUCGUGGCAAGCCGACCUGGCGUCCGAGUCGCGUCGCACGACAACCAACGACAAGACAAGAAGACAAGAAAAUCUCGACGAGACUCGCCUGAUAUAUAUUAAAAGUUUAGGUACAAAAUUCAUUACUCAAGAUGACAGAAUAUUGGCUGAUAUCGGCGCCGGGAGAUAAAACCUGUCAGCAGACAUGGGAGACUAUGAACAAUUUAACAUCCAAGCAGCACUCUUUGUCGGUAAACUAUAAAUUUCAUAUUCCGGAUCUGAAGGUUGGAACGUUGGAUCAAUUGGUUGGCCUGUCGGACGAUCUCGGCAAGCUCGAUACGUAUGUAGAGCAAGUGACACGUAAAGUGGCAACAUACCUGGGAGAGGUUUUGGAGGAUCAGAGGGACAAGCUGCAUGAGAAUCUGUUGGCCAACAAUAGUGAUUUACCUUCGUAUAUAACUCGAUUUCAAUGGGACAUGGCUAAGUACCCCAUCAAACAAUCUCUAAGAAAUAUCGCGGAUAUUAUCAGUAAACAAGUGGGACAGAUUGAUGCCGAUUUGAAAACCAAAUCCACGACGUACAACAAUUUGAAAGGCAGCUUGCAAAAUCUCGAAAAGAAGCAGACAGGAAGUUUAUUAACGCGAAAUUUAGCGGAUCUGGUGAAGAAGGAACAUUUUAUACUGGACAGCGAAUAUCUGACCACUUUGCUCGUAAUUGUACCGAAAUCCAACUUUCAAGAAUGGCACGCAUGCUACGAAAAAUUAACGGAUAUGAUUGUGCCGCGCAGCACGCAACUUAUUACUCAGGAUUCGGAGUACGGAUUGUUCACGGUCACUUUGUUCAAAAAAGUGAUGGACGAAUUUAAAUUGCAUGCUCGCGAAAAGAAGUUCAUCGUGCGCGAUUUUACAUACAAUGAAGAAGAAUUGGCAGCAGGAAAAAAUGAAAUUACAAAGCUAGUAACGGAUAAGAAGAAACAAUUCGGACCGCUUGUCCGCUGGUUGAAAGUAAACUUUAGCGAAUGUUUCUGUGCUUGGAUCCAUGUUAAAGCUCUGCGCGUAUUUGUUGAAUCUGUUCUUAGAUAUGGUUUACCUGUUAAUUUCCAAGCAAUACUAUUGCAUCCGCAUAAGAAAUGCGCCAGGCGAUUACGUGACGUUCUGAAUCAGCUGUAUGCUCACUUAGAUUCGUCCGCUACAUCUUCAGCGGUGCAUAACCAAGAUAACGUGGAUAUACCAGGACUAGGUUUUGGCCAGAGUGAUUAUUUUCCGUACGUAUAUUACAGGAUCAACGUCGAUAUGGUCGAUAAUAAGGUCUAAUUUUCUUCUUCCAAAAAUGUCGCACUUUUUUAUUUAUUUGGAUGACAAUUCUAUCGGAAAUUUUUGAUAGCAGAGGUGCCUACAAAAAUUUCUUGUUCAUAUGUAUAAAAAAUAAUCCCCACUGUUUCCAAGAGAGAGAAUUCUUUCCUUACAAAAGUUUUCCUUUGUUUACUAUUAAAGAAAAUAAUCGCGUGAAAUAAUCGCAUCAUUCACGAAUGUAUUAUUUUUCUAAAUCGAGAAAACGUGCGUAACAAUAAUUUUUUGUUUUGUUUUGCAUUCCUUUAUAUAAUAUUUCCUUCAAGUAUUAAAUAUAGAGAAAAGAGCUAUACAUAUAUGUGUGAUAACAGAGAUUAAAGUCUCUGGCGAUGUUUAAUCACAUGAUUUGUAGUUACGAAACCAAGUUAGCGCGCCAAGAGACGCAAAUUUAUUUGAACUCUCCGGAACAACUUUUUGAUUAAAAAAGAAAAUGUAAAACAGUCUAUAUUUUAUAUGCUGACGCGCAAUGAAAUGUAUACCGUGUCUAAAUAGAAUUGCUAAAUGCAUAUUUCUUGAUUGUAUUAUAUAGAUUUGAGGCGCGUUUUGUUAACAUAUAAGAAAUGGUGGCUUAAAACACAAACAGAGAUAUAUCUUGUUAUAUCUAUAAAUGAAAUGUUAAAAAAACGUACUAUCGUUGAACAAUCUAAACUUAAAAAAUAAAAAACUCUUACUCGUAUAAUUUCACAUGUGCAUUCAGUUGCGUUUACGUUUUUAUCUAAUUCUUCAAUCGUUAAAAAUAUAAUUGAUCAUGAUGAAAAAAAUAGAUAUAUCUAAUUAUUAUCGUUCCUAAGUAACUGCACUACUUUUGUUGAUUAUUUAAAGAUCAGAGUUGAAUAGUUACAAGUUGGCUCUGCAAACUGCACAAAAUUCAUCAUGAGAACAUUAUGUUGCAAACGUGUAACGCAAGAAAAAGCAUAUAUAUAUAUAUAUACAUAUAUAUAUAUAUAUAUAUAUAAAUAUUUGAAACAUUCAUGUUGUUGAAAUACAGUGUAAAUUUUGCUCUUGUACAUAAAAUUCCGUGUACAGCAUGGUUUCAUAUAACAUAAAAAACCUCAUGUAUGUAGUUUUAGUUGCAAAUUUUAGAUUCGUUAAAAAUAAAAUCCCUAUAAAAGAGACCAAACAAAGUUUCUGAUCAUGCGAAAAGUCUUACUCUAGCAGAAAUCAAUGACAAUAUCGAUCGAAUCGUUCCUUACAUCAAUCCCCUUCGAAACAAAAUGUAUAAUAAAAAAAAAA